UCCCCCGCAACGCGCGAUCAUUCACACACGUCUCACCUCUCCUCCUCUUCCUCGCCUCUCUCCCACCGAGGAUCCUCCAGUGCUCUCGCGCAAUGGCGGUGGUGCGAUCCUAGGGUUUCGUCGGCCAACCUCCGCGGCGGGACCCGCAACUUCGACUAGGUCGGCGGGGGACUUCAUUUCGUCGCCCAGUUCGGGAAUCGGGAUCAUGGCGGGGUCGGGGGAGAAGGCGGCGGCGGCCGGGGCCGGCAACGCGGAGAAACGCAAGUACCCGAUCCGCGGGGAGGACUACGAGCUGUACGAGGAGAUCGGGCAGGGCGUCAGCGCCAUCGUGUACCGCGCGCUCUGCAAGCCGCUCGACGAGAUCGUCGCCGUCAAGGUGCUCGACUUCGAGCGCACAAACAGCGACCUGAACAAUAUCAUGCGCGAAGCUCAGACGAUGAUUCUUAUAGACCAUCCUAACGUUGUCAAGGCACAUUGUUCGUUUACUAAGGAUCAAACGUUAUGGGUAGUUAUGCCAUAUAUGGCUGGAGGGUCUUGUCUUCACAUAAUGAAAUCAGUCUAUCCUGAUGGUUUCGAGGAAUCCAUAAUUGCAACGGUGCUUCGUGAAGUCCUGAAAGGUUUAGAGUAUCUUCACCAUCAUGGGCAUAUACAUCGUGAUGUAAAGGCAGGAAAUAUUCUAGUCGAUUCUCGGGGUGGAAUUAAGCUUGGAGACUUUGGGGUUUCUGCUUGCCUCUUUGAUUCUGGUGAUAGGCAGAGGGCCAGGAACACUUUUGUGGGAACUCCUUGCUGGAUGGCACCAGAGGUUAUGGAGCAGCUACAUGGAUAUGAUUUCAAAGCAGACAUAUGGUCCUUUGGAAUUACUGCACUUGAACUUGCUCAUGGUAACGCUCCUUUUUCAAAGUACCCUCCCAUGAAGGUCUUGCUUAUGACACUUCAAAAUGCGCCCCCGGGCCUUGACCUUGAGAGAGACAGGAAAUUCUCGAGGAACUUCAAGCAAAUGAUUGCUAUGUGUUUGGUAAAAGACCCUUCAAAAAGGCCUUCGGCAAAAAAAUUGUUAAAGCAACCCUUUUUCAAGCAAGCUCGUUCCAGUGAUUUCAUUUCUCGAAAGCUUUUGGAGGGAUUGCCUGGCCUGGGUGCCAGAUAUCAAGCUUUGAAGGAAAAGGAUGAAGAUUUGCUGGCUCAAAAGAAAAUGCCUGAUGGAAAGAAAGAAGAAAUCUCGCAGGACGAAUACAAAAGGGGUAUUAGCAGCUGGAACUUUGACAUGGACGACCUGAAAUCUCAAGCUUCACUGGUCACAGAGUGCGAUGACAGUAUCUCAUGCAAAGAUUCAGAUACAUUAUCCUUUUAUGACAUGGACAGCUUGCAGGAGCAAGCGCCAGAACCUCAUUUGUCAAGAGGUUUCUCAAUGAAAUACGAGACUGACACCGAAAAUGAUGUGACGGCCAAUGAUAAGUCAACUGUUUCAUCUCCAGAGCAGUCUGUUUGUUUAUCAAGGAAUGCUUCAAUGACUGGGACUACAAAUGGGAUGCCUGUAAAUAGUGUUGUCAGGAAAGACAACUCUACGGAAGGCUGCGAUUUGGAGCCUCAAGAGAAAGAUUCUGAUACUAUUCCAACUAACCCAUCCCACGAAAGGAAGUUUUCUUUUAGUUCUUGCUCAUCAGAUGGAUUAGUUUCAUCCAAAGAGAGCUCUAAACAGCUAAGUAACAUCCAUAACCGUGAAAAGUGUAACGGAGCACCCUUGCAUGUCUCAGGUGAAACAUCUCCUGAAGCUGUUGCUAAGGCACCUAAAUCAGCAGUUCCAAAUGUCGAGGACCAUGAUGAAAGAGCGAAACCUCCACUUAUACAGCAAAGAGGUCGAUUUAAAGUCACACCUGGGCAUGUUGAGCUGGAUAAGAGUCACCCACCUGGCCUACAAAAGUGUCACAGCAUGCAGACAAUUUCUCACCUUCCGUCAUUAAGUAUACCAUCUUCAGCUGAAGCUGCAUCAUGCAUUAUUGGUGGCUCUUUCUACAUGCAGCUAUAUAAUGUUCUUCAGACAAAUAUGCUUCAGAGGGAACAAAUACUUAACGCCAUGAAGCAGUUAAGUGGCUGUGACACGGCUUCACCGUGCAUCCCUUCCAUGACUUCGCCGUGCAUCCUUUCCACUAGUCGCUCAACAUCUCCAUCAUCCGCGUUAUCAGUUGACAGAUCCAUGUUGGAAGCAGCACAUGAAAAGGAGAAGGAGCUGGUCAAUGAGGUCUUGGCGCUGCAAUGGAGGUUGUUGUGUACACAGGAUGAGGUUCAGAGGCUUAAAGCAAAGGCAGCCCAGAUCUGAUGCUCGAGCUGCAUAGGGAACAUCAAAGAUCACAUGAUCAUGUCAAGAUGAUUUGUGGUGAUGCGGUUUUUAAGUCAGCUAUUUGGCAUAGGAGAGAGAUAAAAUAAGAAGGGGAUAUAUUAAAAUAAAACUAGUAGCAAUGCUCGAGUUUUUCAUUCCUGUGUUAAAAAAGAAUGUUAAUGUUAGUACCAAAUAUGUAUUGCUGUAUUUAUGGAUGGCAUGGCGCUGCGUUUUUGUUGGAGCGCUGUUUCCCAGGUGCGAAAAAAAAGUUAAAAGAUGCCUAUAUGAUUGU